UCAGAAACUCUUGUUAAUCUGUUAAACAGAUCAUUGAUCCCUUUCCCUCUGCUAAAGAAAAGUCAUACCGCCUCAAAAUCAUACUACUAGUAAGUUACUAUAGUGAAAGACAUAUCUCCAUAAAAGUCAGGCCCCCAGUUCGACGUUAAGCUAAGAAGGUGCCAGAGUCUUGAACAUCGGUUAGAAUACCUUGGUUAUAUGUUUGAUCUAUAGAAAGCUUAUGGUUGGUAUUAUCUUGUCAAGUUUGAUCGAUCUACACACUGUUGUCAUAGUACUAGAUAGUAUUGUCAGGACUCUACCACCCGGAGAGCCCGAAAUUAAAGCCGUGUCAGUUACCAGAGCCUUGACCAUACUACUUACCGCUGUGUAUUAAAUGAUGAUAAAUAAAUCAGAUGAUUCAGAUUAGAAUCACAUCCCCUCUAACCCUAACCAAUUGGGAAAUCAGAGGAAGGAAAAAAAUGGAAAUGAGAGCGAAGCAAGAUAUGGAACUAGGAGAAGAAGUAACCCCGCCUCUCCUUCCUCUUUCCUUUUCCCUCCAUGAUUCUUUCCUCUCUUCCCAUUGCUCCUCCUGCUUCUCCUCUCUCCCUCCUUCUCCUCUCCCCCCUAUUCCCCGCCAUGUCCCUCUUUAUUGCUCCCUCGCCUGCUCCUCCUCCCACUCCCCUAUCCAUUCUUCCAGCGCCGAGUCCCUCCUCCCCCAACCACUCCCUCCCACGUGUCCCGACUCCUCUGACCUCCGCACCGCUCUACGCCUCCUCCUUUCUCACCCCUCCUCGUGUUCCCACCUCUACCGUCUCAACAACGGCCUCCUCAGUAACUACCAUAAGCUGACGUCCUCUCCCGAAUUUGCCCCCAAAAUUCGUCAGGGAGCAAUAGCUAUGGCCGCCGCAAGGAAAUUACAAAACGGAGUCGAGGAAGAACAAAGCGACGACUUUUUACUGGAAGAGGUCGUCUUAUGCUCAGUCAUAACAAACGCCGUGGAAGUGCAAGACGAGAAUGGGCGUUCUUUAGGAAUUGCCUUAUACGGGCCGAGCUUCUCUUGGAUCAAUCACAGCUGUUCUCCUAACGCUUGUUACCAAUUGUCUGUUUCGCCUCCCACUGCGACGCCGUCACGCGAGGAUUCCUGUUCCACGCUAGGAAUUGUUCCUAGCGUUUCAGGGGAAGAGUGUGGUGUUUGUAACUGUGUUCAGCACACAAAAGGGAGUAAGGGAUACAAAUAUGGUCCAAAAAUAACAGUGAGGAGUAUUAAGAGGAUUAAAAAAGGGGAGGAAGUUUGUGUUUCAUACACGGAUUUGCUGCAACCAAAGGCGAUGAGGCAAUCAGACUUGUGGUUCAAGUAUCAAUUUACCUGUUCUUGUAGUCGGUGCAGUGCAUCUCCCUCCGCUUAUGUUGAUCGUGCCUUAGAGGAAAUUUCUGAUUCCAAUCUGCUCUUUUCAAGUUCACACUUUGAUCUCAACCUUUAUAAGGAUAAGACAACUAAAAUGUUGUCUGAUUAUGUGGAUGAAACUAUAACUGAGUUUCUAUCAGUUGGUGAUCCUGAAUCCUGCUGUAGGAAGCUUGAGAGCAUGCUAAAUCUAGGUCUUCACAUUGAGCAAUUAGAAAGCAAGGAUGGAAAAUCACAGCUCAAUUUCAAGUUUUAUCCCUUUCACCAUAUUGCUCUAAAUGCUUACACGACACUUGCUUCUGCAUAUAGAAUCCGUUCAACUGACUUAUUGGCCCUCCAUUCAAGGAUAGAUGAAUGUCAAUUGAAAGCUUUUGACAUGAGUAGGACUAGUGCAGCGUACUCUUUGUUGCUGGCUGGUGCAACACACCAUCUGUUUUGCUCAGAAUCUUCUUUGAUUGUGUCUGCAGCAAAUUUCUGGACAAAUGCAGGGGAGUCUUUAUUAACCCUUGCUAGAAGCUGUGUCUGGAACUCAUUUGUAAAGGUGGGGUUGCCCAUCUCAGAACGGUCGGCAGUUGUGAAACAUAGAUGCUCCGAGUGCUCGUUGAUGGACGUCUUUGAUGCCAAAUUAAUCCUUAGCCAAGCACAGAGAGCAAAUUUCGAGAACAUAUCUAGUGACUUUCUUGAUUGUGUAACCAACAUGAUACCAAAGAUUUGGAGGUUUCUUGUAUGCGGUUGCGAUUACCUGGAAACUUUUGAAGAUCCUCUUGAUUUCAAAUGGCUUGUGCGCGCAUGGCAUUCUCAUGCUUAUGCGAACCCUGAUGAUGAGGAUUUCAAUUUUGUAACAGUAGAUAGUCUUUUCCAACAUCAUGCAGAAUCGUAUACGAAUGAAAAAAGGAUAAAUAUUUACAAGGUUGGUAUCCAUUGCUCACUGUAUGGAGGAAUUUUGUCAUACAUUUGUUAUGGACAGAAAUCCCAUUUAACGGCUCAUGUUCUCAACAUUUUGGAUAACGUGGAGAACUUUGUACAUUGAUUCAUGGAAACAAUUUAAGUUGUGAAAUACAAUCAAUAAUUGG